ACAUGGCGCCCGUCUGGUGGACAAAAGGCAAAUCUGUCUGACGGCGGAUUGAAGCCCAAUUAGAAGCGGGGGGGAGACAUUUUGGGAAAAACUGAAGCGUCCGUGUCCGCUGCGCCCCGAGGUGGCAGAUAUAUGAUCGAAGCAGCACCGGCGGAGGCUCCCGGACUGGACUAAGGAUGUUCCAGCAGAGUGAGGAGCCUCGCUUCACCAUCGAGCAGAUCGACCUCCUCCAGCGGCUCCGGCGGACGGGCAUCACCCAGGCGGAGGUGCUGCACGCCCUGGACACCCUGGACCACCUGGACCGGCAGCAUGGCCGCCGCCUGGGACACAAACCCCCCUACAUGGCGCCUUCGUCCUACCUGUCGUCCUCCGGCGCCGUCUUCGCCUCCUCGGCCACUCAGACCACUUUCCCCGCCAGCCGGCUCUCGCUGUCGCCUAGCAACAACUUCGACACCACCUCCCCGCCCCUGCCGGUCGCAGCGUCGCCGAGCGCGCUGGCGGUGGUUACUCAGAACGGCCUUGUCGCCAACGGGAAGCUGUCUCCGCCCCGCUUCCCCCUCGGCGUGAUCAGCGGCGCCGUGGCAGCGCCGGCCUACGGCUUCGAGGCCAACGAGGAGGACAUCGACGUGGACGACAAGGUGGAGGAGCUGAUGAGGAGGGACAGCGCGGUGAUCAAGGAGGAGAUCAAGUCUUUCCUAGCGAACAGGCGGAUCUCCCAGGCCGUGGUUGCUCAGGUAACAGGGAUCAGUCAGAGCCGGAUCUCCCACUGGCUCCUGCAGCAGGGAUCGGACCUCAGCGAGCAGAAGAAACGGGCCUUCUUCCGCUGGUACCAGCUGGAGAAGACCAGCCCCGGUGCCACCCUGGCCAUGCGGGCCGCCCCCCUGGCCCUGGAGGACAUGAUGGACUGGCACCAGACGCCGCCGCCGUUCAGCUCGGUGCCGGGCGGCUUCCGCCUGAGACGAGGCAGCAGGUUCACCUGGAGGAAGGAGUGUCUGGCGGUGAUGGAGAGCUACUUCAGCGACAACCAGUAUCCUGACGAGGCCAAGAGGGAGGAGAUCGCCACGGCCUGCAACGCCGUCAUUCAGAAACCAGGGAAGAAGCUGUCUGACUUGGAGAGAGUUACAUCCCUCAAAGUCUACAACUGGUUUGCAAACCGCCGCAAAGACAUCAAGAGGCGCGCCAACAUAGAAGCAGCGAUCCUGGAGAGUCACGGCAUUGAGGUCCAGAGUCCCGGAGGUCAGUCCAUCAACGACGAGGUGGACGGCAACGACUUCCCCGACCAGGGUUGCGAGGUGUCUUUGUGUGACAAGAGACCGCCAGCCAGGCAGUUUGCCUUCAGUCGCGCCGACCUGUCCUCGCCCACCCAGGUUCCCACGCUGCUCCCCAACUGGUAUUCUGCCCUGGCUCGGGGGAUCCCCGGCCACCGGGCCUCGCUGGCGGCCCGCGCCCUGGCGGUGGGGGCGGCGGCCCAGGCGGAGGGCGCCAGGCUGGCGGGCGUGUCCUGGUCCCCCCCGUCCCCGUCCCUGCAGGACGAGCCCGGCGUCCCCGGCGGCCUGUCCGACCCCCAGGACCCCGUUGCUCUGGAGAAACUUCCAGCCGGUCACAGCAGCCCGUCCUCGGCCCAACGGCUCAACGGCGCCGGCAGCGAGAUCAAGAAGGAGACUCUGGAAGACGACUGAGGACGACGGCGGCCGCAGAGACGGCCCGGGCCGUCCCAACAGGUGUCAUUAUAUGCAAGCAGAUUUUGUAGGAAUGUAACGAGCGAGGAAAAGAAAAAAAAAAAAAAAAAAGACCAAAAGUCACGUAAACUCCAGUCCUAAUAUACCUCCCAACCCUACCUCCAACCACCAACCUACUCUACUACGCUCUUAGAACUAUUAUUCGUAUAUUAUUAACGAUAAUGACAAGCUUUUAUUUUUUUAAGUGUCCUCCAGCGACCUGUGGAAGACUGAAAAUGUCCCCGGAGACAAAUCCAAGGAACAAAAAAAAAAAACGCUCGUGAUUUUAUUUUUUCGCUUCAUUUCUUCACUGAUUUGUUUAUUGUUUUUUUAAAAUAUUCCGACGUUUUGAGUCUUCCACAGAGCAGAUGAUCUCGGAGAGACACUGUAUCUGGGAACCAACGUAGUUUCAGGGUCUUGCACUGUGAUCACAAACAACCACAACCUCAUCGCGCGGUGAGGACGUGGAAACUCAUCUUCGGUUUUUUUGUUGGAGCUCCUGAGACCUCAGUCGUCCUCUGACGUCUGCGCGCCGGCGAUCAGAAGUGGCGCGCAGUAAGAAACCCCCCCCCCGACUGAGAAUAUAAGCUUAAUAUAUUCAGAAAUGACAAAAGUGCCAUAAUCCUUUGAGCUUCAUGAACAGCUGGGUUUAUAAAUAGGAAAUCUAUUGAGUAUUGAAUACUCAGUGUUCAUGUUUGUUUUAAUUCACUUUAACUUUUCACUUUAUAAUAAGCAAUUUUAAAAACUUUCUUCUUCAUUUUUCUGCUUCUUUAUAUUCAAAAAAAAGAACAUUUUUGAUUUUUCAUUCAUUCAUUCAUUCAUCCAAACUAGAUGUGAAACUACAAAUAUCAUAAGUGCUUUUCUAAGUAAACUAUUUUAAAGCUACUAUUUUAGCAGUUAUUAACUUGUACUAAGUAGUGUUGGGUGUUCGGGGCUUCGACCCGCAGAGUUGUACAUAACCCCGACGCGUCGGAGUGAUUGAUCACUGUGAGAUCAGCCAGAACUGAUCGAUCAGCCGAACCGAUCGAUCAGCCGAACCGAUCGAUCAGCCGGAGGUGCCGGAGCACCACAGGAGACGAUCCAUCUCACUGCAUGAGCUUAUACGCAUCAAACCAGAGUUAUCAGUAUGAUCUUAUCGGUGAAAGUUUAAAUAUUAUAUCCAGAAUAUUGAGUUUUAAUAUUUGUGUAUUUUUAGAAAGUUUGCUAGUCGAGGAGGGAGCUAACAGACGUAACGGGACGCAUCAGAUGCGUCGGCUUAUUGCAAGUAAAAUGCAUUUCCUGCGGCGUAUCUGUGGGUGUUAUUGAUACGCCACGUGUUGUAAACACGUACCCCCCCCCCCCCCAAGCUUUCAUUUAAAUGACACUUUAUUGAGUACCACGGUGUUUAGAGCCCCUGCUGUUUUGAAACGAACACUAUGAGCGACUGGCGGAGCACAGAAGACGGUUUCCCUGAGAUCAGUCGCUCGGAUUUGUUGAAUUUAUUUUUUGUCCAGAUCAGUGAAAAAAAUCAUGAAUAAUUAACUUGUACGGCCGUUGUAGAAGUCUUUCAAGCCUUUCCUUUUAAAAUGUUUUAAUAGAGGGAAUGCGCAUGACGUCACAGACGCAACUUCACGGCGGGUUACGCCCACUGAGUGUCAGAAAGACCGAGUGUCAGAAAGACCGAGUGUCAGAAAGACCGAGUGUCAGAAAGACCGAGUGUCAGAAAGACCGAGUGUCAGAAAGACCGAGUGUCAGAAAGACCGAGUGUCAGAAAGACUGAGUGUCAGAAAGACUGAGUGUCAGAAAGACUGAGUGUCAGCGUAAACUUUCAGUUUGAGCAACUGGAAAACAUCUAAAAUGGGAAAGAGCUGUUGUGCGGUUGACUGUACUCAUUGCACUCAGAUUUAGGAAGAAAUCGGAGUUAUCGUUUUACAGACUGCCGAAAAAUAAGCUAAAGAGAGACAAAUGUAUCGCUGCAAUUCUCAGAAACAACUGGAUUCCAGACACCGAAACGUGGAAUUUCAGGUUCCCUUUUUGUAUCAGGUAAUGUUCGAUUUUUGGGUAGCUAACGUUAAAAAUCAUAAAGUUCGGUGUCCUCAUCUAAUAUCAGGAAACUGGAUUCGUGGCCAAAUAUUAAUGUCCAUGUUCCACUGGUUCUUGGGGUAACUGUACGGGUCACUGUCAAGUCCAACUGCCUUUAAUUUAAGCCGAUAAUCGGCUGUUAUCCCGUCUUCUCCACUAGUUGCAGCUGUUUUUGAUGAUGUUUUGCCACUCAGUGAGAGUAAGGGGGCUGGUCCGGUGCGGAUGUGACGUCAAUGCAAACCCUCUAUUAAAAAAAAUGUUUUCAAUGUAGUUUGAAAAAAAAAAAAAAGUUUUGAACCGAAGAGCUCCGGCUCUCGGAGGGGUCAGAGGUCAGAGGUCCAUCGUCCUGUGGGUUCAACACUAAACCCUCUCUGGUUAGAAAAACUUUUCCUUUUUUAAAACUGAUGUUAUGUUGAAGUGCCUUAUGUUACUGCAGAGCCCCCUCCCCCCCCCUACCGGGACUUCUACACCGGCCGUACGCGCCUCGGCGUGCCGCCACUAGACACAGAAAGCUUCAGCUUCCUUCACCGGUUGCUUCUCAACCUCUAAGCUAUUAGUUCAGAGCUAAACCUGAACGCAGAUACCUCACAUCCUCCUCCUCUUCCUCCUCCUCCUCCUCCUCGGCCGGGAGCUUCACCCUGCAGCCACCUCAAUGUGAAUCACAGAUCUAGGCUGUCGAGGGCGAGGGCGGGGCGGGGGGGGCAAUGGUCCGUGGACUUCGCGGCCAUCCGUUUUUUGUUUUGAAAUGACAAAAUAAAAAAAUAGAGAUAUAAUCCGUUUCCCAUCUUUUGUUUUGAUAAUAAAAAACGCAAAAAGGAUCGUUAUCCGUUAUCCGAUUUCAUUUAUGUGUUUGAAAAUGAAAUUGGGAAUUAAGACAGCGAGUAGAAAACUAUUUUCUCUAUUUCCUAUUGGUUUCCAGUAUGUUAGAGUUCAGUACAUGUUAUUGAUUAUUGAUUGGACGCUGCAGCUGAACGGACUGUCACAACAUCACUGCAGUUUCAUGACGGAGUGAAGACAGAUUACAGAUUAAACUCAUGUUUCACUCCCAGGUUUCAUAUUUGAUUUACUUUCUGUUUCAACAUUAAGAAAAAUCUAAAACUGUUAAUUUUCAAUCUGAUCAACAAAAGAACCAGAAACAACUUUCUUCAUUUAUUACUGCGCAUGUGCAAUCCCCCCAUUUGUCCAAUCCUUGUUUUCAGUAUCGGAUAACGAUACGUUUUCCGUUUUUUAUUAUCAAAACAAAAGAUGGGAAACGGAUUAUUUUGGAUUAUAUCUCUAUUUUUAUUUUGUCAUUUCAAAAGAAAAAACGGAUGGCCGCGAAGUACACAGACCGACAAUAAUAAUGACAAACGACUAACUGAUGGCAAACUGUGACGACGUUUAUCGUUUUAUUUCUUCCAAAGGGAAACUCGGAAAGGGAACUUCCACUUAGAUGGAAAUCGUUAAUUAGUAAACUUCCUCCACGAGAGAAAAACAACCACAACACAUCCAUCUUUCCUAUCAAAACCAGUCUUUGGUGUUUUAGAUGAAAUGUCCGAGGACAUUGAAGUUUAUGGAUCUAUUUGUGCGGCAGCAGAGCUGUCCUGGGUGUUCACGCUUUAAGCUUUUCCAGAUAUCACUUACGUAGCUUCCUGUCGGAUCGUUUGUUUGUUUUUUCCUUCCUUUAAACACCAAAAAUGACGUUGUUUUUGUGUUGAUCUGCGAAGCAGAAGCCUUUUCUGAAGCCAAGCUUCAGGUUCAUUGAAGACCAUGUGCUGUUUUGAGAUUAUUUCAGGACUUUAACCAUUUCAGUUGUUGCCUUCACGGUCCUGUCAUGAUGUGGUUUGUUUAUUUGCUUGUUUUUUAUGCUCUUUUUUGUGUUUUUUUUUUUCUUGUUUUGUUUUUUUUUGGGUCUGAGGUAACACAGGAAGAAAAAAAAUCAAAAACAGAAUCAUAUUACGAGGAAAAAAGCAAUAAACAUCAGGACCACGUGGACAUGAACCCACUCCGGGUUGCUUUGGUUCGGGGGUCGGCAACCCACGGCUCUUUAGCGCCGCCCUGGUGGCUCCUGGAGCUUUUUCAGAAAUGUUUGACCUUUUUAAUUUUCCAUUUUUUAUUUUUUUUUCUUUCAUUUUUUCUUCUUUUUUCUUUCCUUUUUUUUCUUCUUUUUUUCCUUUUUUUCUUUCGUUUUUAAUCUCGACAUUUCGACCUUUUUCAAGAAAUUUGAGCUAUUUCCUCGACAUUUUGAAUUUUUUCUCGAAGUGCAUAAUGAAUAAAUAAAUCUUCCCCCAGUUUUAACUAGUAUAGAAACAUGCAGCAUGUGUUGCUUUCAUUCUAAGGCUUAUACGAGAUUUUUGCGGCUCCAGACAUAUUUGUUUUUUGUGUUUUUGGUCCAAUAUGGCUCUAAAACAUUUUGGGUUGCCGACCCCUGCUUUAGUUGAACAAGUAAUCAGUUACUCAUCCGGGACACGUCAGAUCAAUAAAACUGAUCAGCAGUAUUUGAAAUGACUGAUUUUUUCGCUAGCGGUCCAAUUGUCUCCAGAGUAUUAGACUGAAUAAAUAAAGACGUUUCUCAUUCAUGCAGUUUUCAUACGUUGCAGAACCGCCAGCCUUUUAUGUUCAGGGACUGCUAAUAUGACUCAAGUUAACAUCUCUUUUAAAAGUGGUGGUUAUUUUCAUUCUGGCAAUAAGCUCUUCAGUAAAUCUUUGUAAAAUGAAAAAUAUCAAACCUCAGAUGUUUGUAUGUUGUAUCAGUUUGUUGUUGUUGUUUUGUUUUUUUUAAUUAUUAUCCUCUUGUUCUUUUUUCUAUUUCAAGAUUUAGUGCCUUUUUUGGACAGUAGACUGUUGUGUAAUCGCUAUGUAGGAAAUCUACAUAAGCCUUUUGUUACUUUUUCAUCUGUUGGAUAAACCUUAAUUUGUUAUUUUUAAGGUGUUUUUAUUGAUAUUCUAUUUACAAGGGAAUAAAAGCUGAUCAGAUAAUG